AGAUAGUGAAAUAAAAAAAGAAAAUAAACAUACGAUCGAUUAGGAUGGAGAAGUAAAAGAGCACGAAACAUUCAUCCUGUUUUUUACAAAUUAACCAGCUGAUAUCGAUUGAUCAGAAACUGAGUUACGGUGCAGCUUUCAUAUCUAGAUGCAAUUAUUCUUCACGGAUUAUUAUCACAUUACAGCUAUCGUUAGCUAUCUUGUCGAUAAAAGUGUUCGAUCUUAUCUUCUCCACGGACCGGAUAAAACACAAUUAGUGCGGUUUAGACGGAAAUUGGCGUAAACACCUUAAACCACACAGAAACGAAGUGUUUGUGGUCAGUCACGCAUCGGUCUCCGCAAUAAUGGUACUAAUUUGCGUUCUGCUUCUUACUUGCUUUUGUGCACAUAUCACGGUACAUGGUGUGACCGGCAGUCCAUUGUCGGCCUUUGUCACCGUUGCAGAUUUGGGACCAACCCAUCCGAUGGAUAACCCGGACUGGGUGCCCCCUACGGGACCUACCAGAGAAAAGGAUCGUGAGUACUGGCAGGCUAGUGGGCAAGCCCGACUACGUCGUCAACUAGAGCAUAGCAAGCAAAACCUUGCCGUGGCCAAAAACGUAAUCAUCUUCCUGGGAGACGGCUUGUCAAUACCGACGCUCGCUGCCACUCGAAUGUACAUGGGCGGCGAAGAGUUGGAGCUUUCCUUCGAAACGUUCCCCCAUACGGGACUCGCGAAGACUUACUGCAUUAACUAUCAAGUGUCGGAUUCAUCCUGUACGGCUGCCGCCAUCCUGACGGGAGUGAAGAACAAUUAUGGCACCAUCGGGGUCAGUGGUCAUGUGCCGCUAAAGAACUGCCCACUCAGUUUGCAGGAGUCGAACCGUUUGACAUCAAUACUGAAGUACGCCCAGGAGGAUGGUCGCUCGACGGGCAUCGUCACUAAUACACGAAUAACCCACGCAACACCGGCCGUUGCGUACGCCGUCUCCGGGGCACGCUACUGGGAAGAUGAUACGGAAUUGCCUGCGGGCUGUGUAGACAUUGCCGCGCAGUUAGUUCAUGGCGAUAUCGGGACAAACCUUACCGUGGCACUCGGUGGUGGAUCAAGACAUUUCUAUCCAACUGGCACGUUCGAUAGUAAUGGCGAACCGGGAAGACGUACGGAUGGUCGCAAUCUCGUGACCGAGUGGAUCGAGCUAACAGCAGCACGUGAACAGCGGGCCCAAUUCAUACAUGACCGGGCAGGACUGUUGGCCGUCCAACCCGACCGGGUGGAUCGGUUGUUUGGAUUAUUCAACGGAAAUCACAUGUCUUAUAGAAUGCUGGCCGAUCAGCUACGUGAACCAUCGCUCGAAGAAAUGACGGUGAAAGCAUUGGAGAUACUUCAACGCAACGAUCGUGGAUUUGUGUUACUGGUAGAAGGUGGACGCAUUGAUCACGCACAUCAUGAUAAUUUGGCGAAGCUUGCGUUAGAUGAGACAGUGGAACUACACCGAGCCGUCGAGCGUACAGUUCAGCAUCUGGGUGACAACGUACAGGAAACUUUGCUGCUAGUGACGGCGGACCAUUCGCAUACGUUCACGAUCGGAGGAUAUCCGGUGCGAGGUAACGAUAUCCUCUCGACCGGAGAUUUUUCGCGCUUCGACCGGAUGCCGUUCUUCACGCUGACCUACGCGAACGGUCCUAGCUAUUCGGACCACUUCUAUGAAACCGGUGGCCGCAGGAAUCCGGACGACAUGCGGGACCGAUAUCACGAUCCGGACUUCACGUAUCCGGCCGCCGUACCCUACGAGGACGAAACGCACGGUGGGGAUGACGUGGCCGUGUUUGCCCAAGGCCCUUGGGCACAUAUUUUUAGCGGUCUCUACGAGCAGCACGUCAUCGGACACGGACUGCUGUAUGCCGCCUGUCUUGGACCGGACACGUUCCAGCAAUCGGAUGCGUGCCGGGAACGUUUACGAGGUGGAACGGCGGAACCGCUUCGCGCGGUAAAACAUUUACUGGUGAUGCUCCUCCUGUUCGGAUAUCUACGAACACAUGCAUUUUAGAUAGUGUAGUAUCAACCGCGCAGGGAUAAUGCUUAUAAGAAAUGCUAAACAUUGAGGAAGAAACGAACAAAACAAAAGGUAAUAAAUUUAUUGUAACGGCUUGCGAAACGUGCGAUCGGAAAUUAUUUACAACCAAAAUACCAAUGAGUUUCCCUUCGCAAAGAAACGCUUCAGUCUAUGCAAAAGGGAAACCGGUGAAUGUACCGUACCGAUAAACAAAAAACACAACUUUUCCGAUAACAAACGACAGUUUUUACUUUACGGUUGGCAAACUUCGCGCCGAUCCUUGACCAAGCGUGGGCUCCACGCCCAAACAGCAAAAAGCUUGCGGAGAACAAUGUGAACUGUUUAAAUAUUUGAUUGCUUCUAUCCUAUCACUUUUCUCAGCUCGUAGUCAUUUUUUCGUGUUUAUUUUCUUCUUCGUUCUUUAUACACACACACACACACACACACACACACACACACACACACACACACACACACACACACACACAAAGCAUCCCCCCCCUCCGUUCCGAUCCACGUCGGGAGAGAAAAGCGCAAACUUUCUAUUUCAGUGCGCCAUUUUGCUAUUUUCAUGCAACAACGCGGACGGUAAUCGAUUCCCUGAUCUGGUUCGGGGCACCUGUAGGCCUUGCGAAACCGUAAUUAAUCAAAAAGUUUUUCCCACGGCCAACCCACCGAAACUUACGGACGCAAGGGAUUCGAGAACAAAACGACACCACGCAAAAGGCUGCCUUUGCCACGCUCUGGCUACAUUCUUUGCCACAGAGUGAAAUUAGGAUCGCCUAAUGAAGUACCUCCGCUUGGUGCAAUCAAUCGAUUCGUACCGCGCCAUUGCUAAAUGCUUUCCAGUGAAACUGUGUGCACUUUCUGGGCAAAAAAAACGUUUGUAGCUGACCGUCUGGGCCAUCUAGAGAAAACGAGCGAACGGGAACUUAGAACUUACUAACACAAAUGGACAUUUCCCUUCGAUUCCAGUGAAGCCAGUAGGUGGGAGAAAAAUGUGGAUACGGUUCCAUUAGUUGAACGUGUCCGUCUAACAACUGACCGCUAAUCCGACUCAAAUUCCGCACCACCACCUGCAGGUGCGUUGGUCACUAUCCAUCAUUCUGCGCGUGUCAGAAGUUUUGCUGUUCGCCGUUUCAAAUCCGUACCCGAUACGUGCAGAUUGCUUUGGCAUUUGUGAAGCUUUCGCUCACGCUUGUUCCGAUACUUUUGGCACAGCGUGAAGCAAAUGAUUGGUUUCAUAAAAAAACGACUUCUUACAGGCCACCUCCCUUGAUCCCUGGUUAGUGUUUGUGGUUGAUUUAAGAAAUUGAUUUCUGUCCGCCCGUUACAGUAGCAGCGCUGUGUGACGAACUUCCACGAUAGAAGGGAAAAAUGAUUUUCCUAUAAUAGCAUUCAGUCAAUUGGCUGAUCUUUCUUGUGUGUACGAACACGUUUAGUAUAACACUAUUUUUAAAAAGCAAAUUAUCACUCCAAAGUAUAGUGAUGUACUGUUGUGAAUUUUGAUAUGUGUAACAAAAUCUACUAUUAUGAAAUUUUUAUAACAAUUUUAACAUGUACACCACUCGUGUUACGGAUGCAAAACAAAUUAGUACCUCUACAUCUCUAUCCGUAAUUCAAUCCGAUCAGUGCCGUAAAAUUGUGCCCGUCUUAUCAAGGUUCCAUCAUCCAAUAGCGCUCUUCAGUGUUCCCAGCAAAGGGGAAACAACAUAAGAUCAAUUACUUUCACUCGAACAAUUUGGUAAGACUUUCGACAAACCAUCGAAUACACGGUGAAGAGAGAGUUUCGUUCUCAACACCCUCGGCGUACUUUCUUUUAUCCUUUUCGCUAACGGAACGCAACGGGCAGGGUGACGACGACCGUAGCGUUCAAACAAGGCGCUUGAUUUGAAGUUCUUAUACCGUCGGUACCGUGCCAUGGCCGGAUCCACGGUUCGGCGCUUGGUUGGGCACAAGUUUGAUAUUAAAAAUCAUAAUUAAUGAUCUUAAUUAAAAUAAAGUCAUCAACGAACAAAACGAAGAUGAUGGCAGCCUUCUGCCCGUAGCCAACUUCUAUUCGGUUCGGAGGUCCAGAUAAACAACAUGCAUAAAAAAGCCAUCUACAGAUGCACAAUCUACCCGGGUAUGAGUUGAUCCGGUUUGAUUUAGAUUUUUUUUUUCGCUCCUAUUCUUCUUCCACGUAGCUCUUCGGCUUUGAUAAUCCAUCCAUCUUUACAUCACCCUACUAAAUAGGGACCGUUGGGAAGGGUUCUGUCCUGACCGUAUUCAAACGCUCCAUCGUAGUUGAUGAUUUCUUUUUAUGUAAUUAAAAUUGUGCUUUCGUUUUCACUUGUUUUCGUGGUCAGUCCCUUACCAAUACGAACUUAACGGAACAUCACAGCUGUAUGUGUGGAGAGUCAUGAAGGUUUUUCACCCAUACUUAUCGGUCACCGACGUUCAUCAUUGCAAAGGCUCACAAGGCAGACAACAAAUAAAAAGCACUUCAAAAAGUAGCAACUCAAAACGAAUUGUGCAUUGCCAUGCCCAAACAAGCUUUACUUUCGGUUUCCAUGAUACUCAUUAUCCGAGCUUUUUAUCUAUAAAGGAUAAUAAUACCUGAGCAUGUCAUUUGAAAAGAUUUGCUCUCCGACCCUUUUUUCGACUACUAAAACAGGAACUUCUUUGUAAGGCGUGAACAAUUUCUAUCCUUAUACUGCCAAGGGAUAAACGAUACCGACUUGAAACGGUUAAGCAUUCUUCUUAAUAACUCCUAUCAACAGAAUAACAAACCAGAAUUUAGGCUGGCAGUAUUUUAAUAAUUUCAUAAAAUUCAAAAUGAGUGAAAAAAUUGUUAUACCUAAUAUGAUUGUCUUUAUUUCUUUAAUAGUUUUUAAUAGUAAAAUUAUGUUCAAUUAUGGUGGGAAGUCGAUUGUUCGUGCUUAUUGGGAUUAAGUCGCUGUCGGAUGGGUGAAUAACACGGAUAAUAAACAUAUGUCUUUUAAUUGAUAAAUAUUAGUCUAUAAUAUGUGAUGGGUCCGGUAGGCAUGAGGGCGGUCCGGUGGUGCAUGUGAUAAACGGCGCCAGUCCACACGGCCGGACCGGGUUCAAAUCCCAUCCGGACCGUUCCCCCGUAGCAAGGACUGACUAUCCGGCUACGUGGUAAAAUAAGUCUAGUAAGCCAGAAAUGGCUGGCGUGACCUGUAAGGUCGUUAAGCCAAGAAGAAUAUGUGAUGGGUGGAUUUUUUAGUGCACGACAAUAUUUUUCUAAGCCGUUUAUCGUUCAAGAGAAAUGUUUAAUUCUAGGACAAACUUGAGUAAUUUGCAAAACUCACUAUUAAGGCCUUUGCAUAUUAUUUGCCAUCAUCGGUUUUGCAUUUAAUGAGUUAAAAUAAUUAUAAUUGCGUCAAAUGGCAUGAAAAAAAGCACAUACGCAUUAGGAAUUAGUAAUGAUUUACACCAGUUAAGGAUAUUUUUUUACGAUGAACUAAUGAACUAAGUCAAUUGAAUAAGCAAUUAAGCAAUUGAAACCCUAGAGAAAUUAUAUCUACUUACGAUAAGAGAAGAGUUUAUAGUGAAUAUAUUUUAUAUAAUAUGAGAACCCUAAUUAGUCACCGUAUUUCGUAUACCAUCCAGACCGUACCCCCUGGCAAGGACUGACUAUCCAGCUACGUAGUACAAAUAAGUCUAGUAUACCAGAAAUGGCAGGCAUGACCUAUGAAAGUCCGUAAAGCCAAGAAGAAGAAUAAUAUUUUGCAUUAAGAACCCGCAAUCGUAUUUAGAACGGGUUUUAUAAAUAGUUAGGAAUGAAACUGUUUUAAAGCAUUUCAAAGUAUUGUAUAAGUAAAAUAGUAGAAUGUGUCACUUGUUCAUAGAAAAGCACUGUAAAUAUUAGAUCAGUAAUUGAAUAUGACAGGGAACGUUUAAGUAGUAACGUAAUUAAUCGCUAGCAAAAGCCGUAAUUAUCGAAUUUAUUUAAAUAAAUAAAUAUUAUUUUACCGACAAGAGGGUGUCGUAUCUAAUUAGGCAAAGCAUCAAAAAGCAUAACCAACAUACAAACAUGCUUAGAAUACAUUGGCGGGAUUUCCAUUUAUCGCUAAAUAUUUUUUAGGCAUAAUGUAGCUGCUUUCUGACGGUUCGGAGAAGGAAAAGUCUUCCAACCAAAAAGAAUUAUAUCCUAGUUUAAAUCAUCAUUUGCUAUAAGCAAGACGGCCUGGUCCUUUUUUGGAAUAAAAAAUAUAGAAAUAUAAUUUUAAAAAUCAUCCUUUUUCAUCCAGACCGGCAACAAACGACUUGUUCUGACUUUACGAAUAAAAAAAUACAUAUCCCUCCACCGUUUUGGAUACAGUAUGCUUAUGAAACAAAGUUCCAUCAUUUUGCAACGUUUAUUCGUAGCUUCACCGCGUUCAUUGAAAUCAUUAAUUAAACUACAAAGUACAACCAAAUCCAGAGUUCCUUCCCAUCAAAUCUAAAAAUAGCCAGCACAGAUACGAAAAGAGACCAGGCAAUCCAACAAGCGAAGACGAUAAGAAUUUCCAUUUAAUUGAACUAAAUUCUCGGCUGAAUACCAUUCCUUCGAUUUCUAAUUCCCGACGAUGAGUAAUCGAACAGAAUCAAAACCAUUCGCCAGUCCUUUCAUUCAUCCGGUCAAAUUCACACAUUCCAGCAUCACACCAGGAAGCGAAUACACCAAAAACCCUCCCGCCCCCAGAGUACCUUUAUUGUGGAAGAAUCCUCCGUCAAGAUUACAGGCGCGGAUCGUUGAGCAGUAGCAGCGGUUUGGGCCAACUUCUCAAACACUUCCGUUUUGCCCGAUGAGCGAGCGAUUAUGCAAAUAGGCGGGGAGAGGGAAUUGAAAGCCUUUGAUCAAAUGUGUAAUGAAAUAACCGCGCAUAAAAGCAGGCAUCCAUGCUAGUUAAAGCUUUGGUCAGUGUGAAUUGCUUUGUUCGAUUCGCUGGUGAUGCUGGGAAAUUUAAUCUUCAAAUCUUUAGCAAAAUGCACUACCGCCGUCGACCGAUGUUGCGUUUGCAAAGGUGCUCCACUCGUAACACCACAAUCAGUUGACAUUAUUUACACAAGACUCAGGCACGAACGAGAAAUUCAGCGUACCUUGGAGUACACACAGCCAUCAGCCGUUGGAAAGCGAUCCGUUCAUUGGGCAAUGGAAGGAGAUUUUGUUUACUUUGCGUUGGUUUACCCUUCGCAUGGUCCAACCGGGACCGAGUAACCGUGACCAGUAAUCAAGGAUGAGCUUUGUCGAAUACUGUCCCGAGCGCAUCGUCGUAUGACGUCUCGCAGAUUAAUUUAAACCACCAGUAUGGCCGGCUGGGAAGACAAAGACAAACGGUCAUUAUUUGGCGGGCGGUUACGGAACCGCGCGAUCUAGGACCAAGGGGAUCAUCGUACUCCACGGUUUCUCCACCACCUUGCACACCAUAUGCUCAGUGCCGGACGUGCUAGUGCCAUACCUUUUCCUGUCGACACACCAGCGCAACUGAACCGUGAACCGAUAGAUAAUCCAGUGCUGUCCGAAUGUCCGGUAAAGCUCAUUUCUUGAUUAGAUAUGCAAAUUGAUUCAUACCGCUGCUAUAAUACUGCACCGGUGUCUGGUAAAUCGGAUCCCUGUCAGAGCAGCUUUAGCGUGUCCUUUCGUUACCAUGUACACGGUUUGCCAGCCCACGGUACAGUACUGUGUGAACCAUCAGGUAAUAAUGGCGU